ACUUAUCUCGCGCGCUCGGGCAGGUUACUUGUUGUGUGCGAGGAGGAGGAGGAGGAGCCGCCGCUCAAUCAGGUCUGAGGCUGGCGCGGCUGCUCCUUCCGUGCGCUCGGUGCCUCGCUGACAGCCGGCGCUCGCGAGAAAAGGAGGGCGGGGGCGCUGCUCUCACUAGCGCGCGCCUGGGAAAAUGUUGCGCAGGUUCUAAAAUGGAACGUUAGCGGCGGCGUGCCUGAGCGAGCGCGCGAAGGGUGUGCGUGCGUCUCUAUCUCUCUCUCCCCCCCCCCAGCCCCGCCGCGCGUGUGAGUGUGGAGUAAGUAAGCGCGAGAGCUGCAGCAACAGCAGCAAAAUCAGGAGCCCGCGCCACGCAGAACUGAAUCCGCGAGCAGCCGCCUUCGCUUCCUCCUCCUCCUCUCCGUCUUCUCCCUGUAUGGAGCUUUCCGCUAUCGGGGAGCAGGUGUUUGCGGUGGAAAGCAUCAGGAAGAAGCGCAUAAGGAAGGGUAAAGUGGAAUAUCUUGUGAAAUGGAAAGGAUGGCCCCCCAAAUACAGCACAUGGGAGCCAGAGGAUCACAUUCUUGACCCUCGCCUGGUGAUGGCUUAUGAAGAGAAGGAAGAGAAAGAUCGCGCCUCAGGUUACAGGAAGAGAGGCCCUAAACCAAAACGUCUCUUGCUGCAGAGGCUGUAUAGCAUGGACCUGCGAAGCGCACACAAAGGGAAAGAGAAACUCUGCUUUUCUCUUUCACGGAGGUUUGGGGGAGGAAACAGCCUAGCCAAGGGAGGGCAGACUGAGCUGCCCGAGAAGAAUGGAGCAACUGUCUUGCCCUUCCCGCUUCGGAAGCAGAGCAAGAACCAGAAGUACCUGCGCCUUUCCAGGAAGAAGUUCACCCGCAUGGCGAGCCUGGAGAAUCGGAACCGUCGGCGGGAGUUCUUCCUGAAGGAGCCAGUGGCGUUGGAGGAGAGGCAGACCCCCAGCAACUGGGAUGAGGCCACGCAGCCUGCCAGCAAAGAGGUGAGCUCCAUUGAGGCAGCAGAAGGCAAUCUUUCCUGGAGCCCCGCCCUGCCGCCAAAUGAAGUGACAGUGACGGACAUCACAGCAAACUCCAUUACCGUGACUUUCAGAGAAGCACAAAUGGCAGAGGGCUUCUUCCGAGACAGGAGCAUCCCGUUCUGAAUCUGCAUUUUUCUAUUAUUAUUCUUAUUUCAUCGUUUUUCUUUUCUUCAUGCUUGGGAGAUUUCUGUUUCUUUUUCGUUUUGUUUUUCAUGUGUGUGUGUGUGUGUUUUCCCAACCCACUGCCGUGCUCCCAAUCAGAUUUUUCUAGGGUGGGUGGAUUUAAUUAUAUUAUUUAACAAGCAAAAUCCGGAAAAUUUCCUUCACAAAUGUUUACAGAGGAUUUUGGUUUUAUUUUGACUGUUGAUCUCACUGGCUCUCUCUUUCUCUUUUUCCCUUACUCCCCUUUCAAAUAAGCAAAAAAAGAAAAAAAAGAAAAAGGCAAUGUGGGGGUGCCUAUACAUUUCCCCCCCUCCUCAUUUGUUAUAAAGACACAGAGAGAGCAUAUAGAUAUUAUGUGUUGUUGCUUUGUCCAUUUGGGAAGUGGAAGCUCUUUUCACUGGCAAAGACAUUUAUUCAUAGUGCAUUCUGGAAAAAUGCCCGUUCCUUAUAUCAAUUAUAGCAUAUCUGCAAUCGAAGGAAGGACCGGGUGAAUGUUCAGAAAAGUGGGAGAUGCCAAAUACAAAUUUCCCCGUAUUCUUCAGAUUUUACUUCAUCACUUCCCAGUGGUGUCUGUGAAAAGCAGUGGUCCCCCUCCUUUGGGUGGCUGAGUUCCCAUGUUUGAUGCUUCCGCCCUUCUCUGUACUGUACAAGAUGUGGCCUCCACAGUGCUUCCACACAUGCUAUACAUUUGGGAGACUUCCUAUACUCCAGGUUGUUUUGUUGUGUCACUCUAGGGAACGUCUGCAUUGACUUCUGUCUGUGCACAGCUAAAUUACAUUUGGUUUAAGUAGGGGGUAAAGUGAAUCCUAAAGUGACUAUUACUGCACACCCAUUGAGAGCAUGCUCUUGAACAGCCUCCCCCAACAUGGUGCCCUCCAAAUGUUUUCGGCUGCAACUGUUGUUUGCCUCGCGCAGCAGGUAUUGUGGGAUUCAUUGUCUGAAACAUCUGGAGAGGACAAGGUAUGGGGAGGCUGCUCUACAAUGUGCAGCAUCCAAUGGUUCUCUGGAAGAUGUGCAGGGAUUCUUAGCAAACAGUUGGACCUAGGAAGCUUGAAUCCUCCCAGAGUAUGAUUGUGUCCUGUGUGGAGGAUCCACAGGGCUGGUGAUGGGUCAUGGUGGUGAGGGGUUGGAUGUGCAUCAGCAUGCAUGCAGUGUCAAUGAAACCUCUGAACCCCAGUUGGAACAGAUCUAACCACAUGAGAAGCAGAUAUUUGUUCCACUGGCAGGCUGAUGGAAUAAUUAAUUAUGUGUAAGAACUAAGCCACUAUGGCUAUCCGGUAAUGAACUGUAGCUUCUGUUGUCUUGGAUGCAUACAGAUGGAGUUGCCAGGUAAUUGCAAUUCUGCUUAUAUAAACAGUUGGAAGACUUUUUGUUAAUUUUGAACAACUGCUUCAGCCUGUCCCGUUUGGACAUUUCUUCUCGUUAUCAAUUGUGGUGGUGGAGAAGGCAUUCCCAACUUCCAAGAGGUAGUUGGGAAUCUCUUUGGUUUUGUGUUUAAAUGUUUGCCAGGCUCAGGAUACUAGAGGAACGCUGCAUAAAAUUCAGUUCAUGUUCAAGCUUUGCUAUGGACUUCCAUUAUCUGCCCAUUGUCAUGAAACUGGCUUCAUACAUCUCUUGGGGCAUGGGUCUUUGGGUGGGUAAAAGUGGAGGUGAUGAUACAGUGAGAACUUCCUUGUGCAGUCGGAAGAAUUAUAGCUGUUGCCUUGUUGAAUUGGUAGUGUAUCAGAUAUGGACACUGGCCAAUAUUGUCCUGUCUGAUCAAAGUAAGGGGUCAGAAAUAUUGGAGUGAAAGGGAAUGGGGUUGAAAUAUGUUUAUGAGGCUUAUAAAAUUCUUCCACUUCAGUUUUGCCCUUGAUGUUAUCUCUCUUGUUCAACACUGGAGCCUCUGAUACUUUUGUGUGGUUUUCUUGACAAACGUGUGUGUGUGUGUGUGUGUGUGUGUGUGAACAUCUUAGCCUUUGCCAGGGAGAAGCUGCUUGCACUUCUAUAGAGCCUUGUCUUGCACUUCAAUGCCUUGAAACUUGUGCUGGACUUCUUUGUGACUU